UAUCCACUAUCUAAGCAACACCUCCCAUCUCCAACAUGAAGUUCCUCGUCCUCGUCUUCGUCGCCCUCUUCGCCAUGGCUGUGGCCCGCCCCAACGAAGCAGGUGUCUUGAGGCAAGAUUCCGUUGUCGAACCCGACAAGUGGAGCUCUGUCUUGGAGACCAGCGAUGGCACUAAGAUCGACCAGCAAGGAGUUCUGAAGGACGUCGGAACCGAGCACGAGGCCGCCGUUGUUCACGGAUCCUACUCCUGGGUCGAUGAGAAGACCGGCGAGAAGUUCACCGUUACCUACGUGGCCGAUGAGAACGGAUUCCAGCCCCAGGGUGCUCAUUUGCCCGUGGCCCCAGUUGCCUAAUUUAAUAGAUAAAAAAAAAACAUGAACGAAAUUAAAUGAAUCAAGCUUAAA